AUGGCAGGAAUAUCAUCAGCUAGAUUAUCAGAAGAAAGAAAGAAUUGGAGAAGAGAUCAUCCAUAUGGUUUCUUUGCAAGACCAUCAACAAACACAGAUGGAUCAUUAAAUUUAUAUGUUUGGAAUUGUGGUAUUCCUGGUAAAACAAAAACAAAUUGGGAAGGUGGUGUAUAUCCACUUAUUAUGGAAUUUACUGAAGAUUAUCCAAGUAAACCACCUAAAUGUAGAUUCCCAAAAGAUUUUUUCCACCCAAAUGUUUACCCAUCAGGUACUGUUUGUUUAAGUAUUUUAAAUGAAGAAGCAGAUUGGAAACCAUCCGUAACAAUUAAAACAGUUUUAUUAGGUAUUCAAGAUUUAUUAGAUAACCCAAAUCCAAAAAGUCCUGCUCAACAACUUCCAAUCCACUUAUUUUUGACCAACAAGGAAGAAUAUGAUAAAAAGGUCAAAGCACAAUCAAAGGUAUACCCACCACCACAAUAA